AUGGCCACAAAUAAUGAAGAAAGCAAAUUCAAUUUUAUGGGUAUAUUCCCCGAAUGUAGAAAUGAAUAUAAUAAAUGUAGGAGGAAAAUGCAUGGUAAAGAACUAACUUCGUAUUCAAUGAUUUGUAGUGAUUUUAGAAAUAAUAUACAAAAACAUUAUUGGUUAUCUGUAGACAUAGAAAAUAUAUGCAUUCAACUUCUUUUUUAUUUACAUGAUAUAAUUAAAAAAAAACAAAACGAUAAUAUAGAGGCACAUUGUAAUUAUUUCUAUUAUAAACUAAAAUAUAUAGCUCAAAAGUAUGGCGGUUACUGUGGAACAGCAAAAAAUUGUUACGAUGUAAUGAGACGGAAAAAAGACCCAAAAAGGGUAGAUAUAUCUGAUGUAUGUUUGAAGCAUAUUGUUGAAAUAGAUAAUGAUGUAUUAAAAAUAAUGGGAUAUUUAGAGGAAAUAUAUGAAUUAAAUGAUCUUUUUAUACAACCAAUACAAAGAAAUGCAUCCAAAGUAAAGAAAAUUGAAGAUUACAUGGACUAUUUAGAAAAUUAUCCAGAUAAAUAUAAUGGCAGUCUUGAUCAAGAACUAGAUAAUGUUUUGAAAAUAUAUAAAAGUUACUUAACUAGUUGGAGUAAUUGUAGAUAUGGUAAACCUGUCUUGCAAUACUUUAAAAAAAAAUGGAAAGAUAGAAACACAUUUAGAAUCACCGAAACAAUCGCAAGCACAGAAAUAAGCACAAGAGAAGAAGCAAGCAGUAGCACAGAAAUAAUUACAAGUGCGAUAACAGCAAUUAGUGCAAGUGCAGGAACAAGUUCAGGAAUUAUUUUUUUCGGUUUUGCACUUAUAGCAAUUAUGUUUGUUUUGUAUAAAUACACAACUUAUGGAUCAUUUUUACAACCAAGGGUAAGAAUGUUAAAAAGGAGGAUUAGGAAAGAGAAUAAGCAUCAUAAGAACUUAAUGGAUUCAUUUGAUAGGACAUACAAUAAUAUUAAUUAUAAUGAUUAUCGAAUAGCAUAUACCUCAGAGGACUAA